GUUGUUAUGUAAGUCAGCCCCGUACAAAAGGUAGUCAGCCAGUGAAUCCCCUUUUCUUUUCAACCACCCAACUACCUCAACAUCAUGGCACCAAGUCCCCUGGCGGAAUCCCUGAAACCCAUCAUCCUACUGUUCUUUCUGCUUCUCCCCUAUGCAGUGGCGCUUCUGCCAUCAAUUCUGAAAUCAAGAUCUCACAGCACUGAUCUUCUUUUUAAUCUCGCCGGAUUGAUAACGAUUAUCAUCAUUGCGAACCUGUACUACCUGAUCUCUUGGGCUCCCUGUUGGUUUGGAUUAUUGUCGCAUGAUUGGGGCUGUGCCAUUCAGUUCUUCAAUUGGGUGGUUCACCUCACGUACAUGAUCUCAAUGUCCGGCCUACAAAUUUUCAGCGUUCCCAUGGUAGCUGUGUUACUCCUGAUCCUCUUCCCUGCCAUGGAACUCGUAUUCUGGAUCCUGGUAGGUAGUGGGAAAGAGAAGGUUCAUCUCCACGUCUAUGGGGAGAUCCAUGACUGGAUUGCACUCAAAUGGGGUAACUUGUUGAUGGUACCAGGUUGUCUUGACCGUGUGACAAGUUGUCUGGCCCCUGUGAAGCAGAUCGUCGUCGAAGCAUUGGAGUGGGUGGGAGAUGUGUUAACAGCCAUCAGGGACUGCUUUCCUCGCCAUCUACCCCAAGAAUUUACUCUCGCCGGUAUGGACUAUCCACCCGCGUAUUCGUCUGUUUUUACUCACGAUCUGGCAUCUAGUAGUACUUCCGCAGACAUGACCGGCGCGGUGGCGAAGGUCUGAUGAUUUUUAUAUUGUAUUUUUCAUUGAUAUGUAUCUAUACACAAUUCCUACACGGCACUUCAACAAACUAGAAUUUUCAAACAACUUCAUAUGUUAUUCCAAACACUUUGAAUCCUAGUUAAUGAUCAACAUAUGAGCACUUGAGUGUCUGCCUGCGUACAGGCUCU